GGCAAUUGUAUUUGUGUUUGCAUCACCCAGACAUUUUGCUGUGAAACAGUAUAUGUUGUUGUCGCCAAUGAGUGCAGGGUACGUAACGUCAGUUGUUGAUUUGACCUGACUUGGUAUGAUAAACUACAAAUCCCAGCACCGCCCUAAUUGUGGAUUCGUCCUGUUUUCUGAGUAGCGACACGUCACCUCACGUCACUACCGCACCUGCGCAGCCAUCUUGAGCCGCUAGCAAGCAACGGGCACAGAAAGGCAAAAAAACAGGAGUAAAAUACAACAGCCUAACCUGAGGAAACAGGGAUACGUCCGCUAGAAUCAAGGACAUAUGAAACAAUAAAGGUCGAACACAGUGGAACGACCACGGGACAAUAACGGAGACGGUAAAACAGCCAUCUAAGUGCCUCGGAUACCCGGACCUACAAGUCAUCUUUUUCGCCGGAAUAGGACGGAAGAGUCGAGUCGCCGACAGAAAAACAUCCAGAGUGAAACCAUGAAUCCAGAAUAUGACUACCUGUUCAAGCUCCUGCUCAUCGGAGACUCUGGAGUAGGAAAGUCCUGUCUCUUGCUCCGCUUCGCCGACGACACCUACACUGAGAGCUACAUCAGCACCAUCGGAGUGGACUUUAAGAUCCGCACCAUCGAGCUGGACGGCAAGACCAUCAAACUACAGAUUUGGGACACUGCUGGUCAGGAGAGGUUUCGCACCAUCACCUCCAGUUACUACCGCGGAGCCCACGGCAUCAUAGUUGUAUAUGAUGUGACGGAUCAGGAGUCCUAUAACAACGUCAAGCAGUGGCUUCAGGAAAUCGACCGCUACGCCAGCGAAAAUGUCAACAAGCUGCUGGUGGGCAACAAGUGUGACCUGACCACCAAGAAAGUAGUGGACUACACAACAGCCAAGGAGUUCGCCGACUCCUUGGCCAUCCCCUUCCUGGAGACGAGCGCCAAGAACGCCACCAACGUGGAGCAGGCCUUCAUGACCAUGGCCGCGGAGAUCAAGAAGCGCAUGGGCCCCGGGGCCACGGCCGGCGGAGACAAGCCCAACCUAAAGAUCGAGAGCACCCCCAUCCGGCAGUCUGGAGGGGGCUGCUGUUAAGAGACCCCCUUGCCCCCCCCCCCCCCCCCAUCACCACCCCCCUCCACCAUUUCCACUGAAUUCUCCCUUUCUGUGGUCCCUCCCAUGAUCUCUGUCACUCCCUCACCGCACCGUUCCCCCAGAAACACCCUGUUACCCAGACUCCCUGAGUGACGGUUGGCCCAACAGAGGAGUAACCUGUUAGUGUUUAGAUUAGUAAACAGAUUGAAACUUUACAAGGUUCAUUUGGGGCACCCAUCAAACAACCGAGAGAGGAAAGCUGUGAGGGAGGGACAGACGCCAAGGCUAACAGGACAGAAAGAAAACGGACUGGGGGGGGGGGGGGGCAGAUGAAGAUUAGGUUUUUGGGGAGGAACAGGUUAAAAGAGAUUUCAGCCUUUUGGCCAAAUUCUCGUCAGGCUGCGUCUGUCUUUGUUGAUCUCAUUUUAGGUCCAAACUGGAAUUAUUUACCUACACACACACACACACACACACACAUUUUCAGUGUGCUCGAGUCACACACUGUAGGAAGCAUCAUCUCUAUUUAUUGAUGAAGGCCCAUUCGGUGAGGCUCCAUCCGUCAUCCUCCUCAGCCUCCACGCUCACUUUCUUAAGAUGUGUUCAGACGGGAUGCAAAGGGACUUUUCGCAUUACGUCAUUCAGGUGAAUUUGAGCCACAUACCUGAUCUCCUGCACUUGCUGUGGGUGAAAUCUUAUUUAUGCCCACUCAAGACUUUCCACUGACUUUGCACGUCCCGUCCCGUCUGAACACACCUUUCUAAGCUUCUGUUUAGAUGGAAGCAGUUAAGGGAAUAAAAAAAGAGGUCGCUUUUACAACUCUUCACAUUUAGCCAACCGCUGCAUUAAGUGAGCAUGAUUGUCGGAUUAAAGGUGUGCCGUGGGAAAAAGGGGUUUUAAGAUGCUGUUAGAAAAUCCGGCAAGCAUUUCAUUUGAAGCGUAUUAAAGCGGCAAAGAGAAAUGUCUUUCCAGAAACAAGCUAGGCAGCGCGGUGACCACUCGCGCGGCUAGUUAGCGAGCCACAGCGGGCUAACUUCUAACCAGUUCGCAUAGCCAGCUAGAUGCAAGUUAACACAGUUUACCCAAGAGACCAAUUUGUACCAUCUUGUCUGCAGACUGUCUCUUUGUGAGGGAGCUAACGCGAUAGCUAACGCGAUAGCCUGACCCGAUGUCUGACUCUUUGGCUCUCUGUUCCCUCUGAAGUCAGAACUGCCAACACGGUUUAAAUUGAUGUCAGAAAUUCACCACAGUUGAUUUACAGAAAAGCUUUGUGCAGAUUUACUUUGCGGCUAUUCAGCUGAAAUAAAUCAGUUUAGUCUCAAAAGGUUUCCGUCACACAUGCUGGGGUGAUCCAGGCCUCUGAACCUGUAAUGAGAUCACAUACAGCAGCACAGACUCACUGUAGUAGUAGUAGUUGUAGUUGAUUCCACAAAUAGAGCUGGGCUGGAGGCGGUGGUUGUGAGAGCUGCAGUAUACGUUGUUAGUUUUGUAGUCUUCAUUUAAUCUAUAAAAGAAAGCAAUGUGACAAAAUGCUGUAACAUUUAGCACAGCCACUUCCUGGAAUGACACUAAAUAUUACAGUCCAGGGGCAGAUAACACUGCACAGAUGAAGAAGAGUGAGGGGGGGGGGGGGGGCACUCAGUUUAACUUAAAGAGAAACGAUUGGCAAAAUCCUGCAUAUUCUUACAAUGACUUAUUAUUGUCGUGGUUUAUAUUGGUUUUUUUUCAUUUUUAUUUUUCAUACUGAUUUUACAAUAACCCAAAGCUCUCGUGUUCCGUAUGUGACGGAGGAGGUUUCAGGACGUCACUACAUUCUUGCUUGUUUGCAGAUGAAGCCGAGGAGGAGACGUGGUGUGGGUGUGUCUGUCGGCUGAGGAUGGAUGUGUGUGUGUGUGUGGGGGGGGGUCCUUGUCCCUCUCCUGUGCAUCGGAAGCUUUAGUGUUCCAGUUUGUCGUUUCUUGUGUAUUCCUUCUUCUUACAUUUCAGUCCUUAACACCAAUGACUCCGUUCAAAUGAACGAGGAAGUGUGUUUGCGUUUUCAGACGCUGUCGGAGGAUUGGAGCUCUUCUGAAGUAGACUGAGGCCUUUACAGUCAACAGGACGGGUGGUUUAACAUUUGGACACGGGAAGACU